ACCGGCCCACACUGCCCUGCGGCAUGCCGCUGGGGGAGGAAGGGCGGGCGGGCGGCCCAGGACAUGACUCCUGGCUGAGUGGAGGGGGGCCGGAGGGGUGCCAGGGAUUCCCAGGGACCGACCAGGGGACUAGCUGAGCACGAAGCAGGCCUAGAGGAAAAGACUCUGGCCUGGAUCGGGUCGAAUUAAGCGCUUCGCUGGCCUAGGUACCGAAAUGACAGCGCCGACGCGGCAGCCAUCUUUGCACAAACGGGAAGUCUCGCCUCUAGUUCCCGCCCCCUCUCCUAGUUGGAAACCUAGAAGGCCGUCUCCCCCGGCCUGCUAGCGGGGCGCGCCCUCCCUCCCCUCAAAUAACCUCACCCUCGCGCACGCGCGCUACCACCGUCUGGCUUCACGGCUACCAGGGUGCCGCCAUAUUGGUAAAGGUACAGUAUUGGGGUGGAGGGAGAUCGCAACUUCCUGUUCUCGCGGGAUCUAGGGGCGUGACUGCCACGUCCGUGCACACCGGGAAAGGAGAGGACCCCGGAGCCGCGUGAUGGCCCCCGGCCUGCGGGCCCCACACUGGGUGGCAGUGGGACUGCUGACCUGGGAAGCCUUGGGGCUGCUGGUGGCCGGACAUGGGGCUCAUGGUGACUCGUAUAAGGAUGUGCAAGAAGACUUCCAUGGCCACAGCCACAGGCACUCCCAUGAGGAUUUCCACCAUGGACACAGCCAUGCCCAUGGCCAUGGCCACACUCAUGAGAGCAUGUGGCAUGGGCACACCCACGGUCACGACCAUGAACAUUCACGUGAGGACCUGCACCAUGGCCAUGGCCACUCCCAUGACAGCCUCCACCGCGGAGGACAUGGACAUGAACAUAGCCAUGAACACAGCCGUGGAGGCUUCGGGGAGCCUGGGUCCCUAGGCAUCAAGCAUGACCUGGACACUGUCACUCUCUGGGCCUAUGCACUGGGGGCCACAGUUCUGAUCUCUGCAGCUCCAUUUUUCGUCCUCUUCCUUAUCCCAGUAGAGUCAAACUCACCCCGACAUCGUUCUCUGCUGCAGAUCUUGCUUAGUUUUGCUUCUGGGGGGCUCCUAGGAGAUGCCUUCCUGCACCUUAUCCCUCAUGCCUUGGAACCUCAUUCUCACCACACCCUGGAGCAGCCUGGACAUGGACACUCACACAGUGGCCAGGGCCCCAUUCUCUCUGUGGGACUGUGGGUUCUCAGUGGAAUUGUCGCCUUCCUGGUGGUGGAGAAAUUUGUGAGACAUGUGAAAGGAGGACAUGGACACAGUCAUGGGCAUGGACAUGGUCAUACACACAGAAGUCACGGACAUGAAAAACAGGAGCAUCCUUCAAGGGAGAAGCCCAGCUCCGAGGAGGAAGAAAAGGAAGCGGGAGGGUUGCGGAAGAGGAGAAGAGGUAGCACCAGGACCAAAGAUGGCCCAGUGAGACCUCAGAACCCUGAAGGAGAGAAAACAGGUUCAGACCUGCGUGUGUCUGGGUACCUGAACCUGGCUGCCGACUUUGCACACAACUUCACCGACGGUCUGGCCAUUGGUGCAUCCUUCCGUGCGGGCCGAGGGCUGGGCAUCUUGACCACAAUGACUGUCCUGCUACAUGAAGUACCCCAUGAGGUUGGAGACUUUGCCAUCUUGGUCCAGUCUGGCUGCAGCAAAAAGCAGGCAAUGCGUCUACAGCUCCUGACCGCAGUAGGGGCACUGGCGGGCACGGCCUGUGCCCUUCUCACUGAAGGCGGGGCAGUGGGCAGCACAGGUGCAGGUGGUGCUGGCCCCGGCUGGGUUCUGCCGUUCACUGCGGGCGGUUUUAUCUACGUAGCAACGGUGUCGGUGUUGCCGGAGCUGUUGAGGGAGGCGUCCCCUUUGCAGUCACUUCUGGAGGUGCUGGGGCUGCUGGGAGGAGUCGUCAUGAUGGUGCUGAUUGCUCACCUUGAGUGAGGGGUGAGAUAGUGGCCCGGCCUCUCCCCUAACUCCAAGGUGCAGGGGUCUGGAGGCCCUGGGCAAGAACAUCUGCCAAAGUAAACUGUUGAAUCCUAGCAGAGUGGUGACUUGACUCGGGCAUCAGAGGAGCUGUGGAGUGGGGAGAGAGGCCAGAGGGACCAGAGUUGGCACUGCCUGACCAUAUUGUUAGCUGGGGGGAUAAAGGAGGCCUUGAAGAAGGCUGAAAGGGAAAGAGGUCACGACAACCUGGUGGCCCUAGUCUCACUUGUUUUCAGAGGACCAAGCUGCCACACACUGUGUUCUCUAAGGUCCAUCUCUCUCUCCCACCGCUGGUCAAGGCUUCUGGGAAGACCAGAGCACUGGACAGAGGGGCUAACAAGAGGAGUCCAGAGUAAACAUCAAUCGUGUGUGCUGAUUUGGGGGUGAUUUGGAGUAGGGGCGGGAGAGGGUUAGGUGGUAAUCUUAUGGCCUGAUUUGUUUCUAUGCGUUUUUAUAUCACUGUUUAAAUCGAGGGGGAGGGGUGUUGACCGGAAAUAAAGGCCUUGGCUCUUCCGCCCCACAAGCCCUCUUU